CCACAACACGGAGUGACAGACUCGCCCUUGAAUAUUUUGAAAGUGGUCCCACGCACUCAGUAUUUACUUCACAUUAACGGAACAUAUAUUUUAUUUAAAUGGAGGAACAGAAGGAAAAACAGCCUUUUAAAAGGAGCAUUUAGGACCUGUGGAUUUCUGUCUAAUUAUUUAUCACAUUAGAUGUCACAGCCUAUCACUUAUCACCCGGGCUCGAGUUGCGAAGUUUAGGAUACACAUUAUCAGAUGAGCCACCGUUAGUAAACUGACGCUUGUUUGCCUCUCUUCUUCACGCAUGUGCGCCUUUUCCUCUGCUACAUUUUGCGCAUGAAUGACGUUUCAACAACCAGGUCGAAAGUGUUUGCACUACAUCGCUAUAGGAACAGCGGCGCUAGCUGCUAUAUCACAGAGAAGGUCUAAUUACCGGACUUUGUGCUGGUGCAGGCUACACGUGAGUCGGAAGCUGUUCCCUACCGGAGGCGCGCGUGCGCUCUAACCACAGCACCGACGGCUUUGCGAAGUGGCAGCAGCUCAGGGAACUAUAGACAUCAGUCUGAAUCGCAGCUCCACUGGAGGACACGCACUGUGCAUCAUCUCCCUCAGCCGUCCGUCUGCGGGUCGUGGAAUAACUAACGUUUCCCCCAAAGAAGCUCAGGAGCGGAUCACCAGCAAGCAAACAGCAGCAAGCAAGCAGCAGAGAAGUGAUGGAUGAAAGAAUACCGCAUUUGCAGGACAGGCAGUUCAUGGAGCACGCAGAUUUCUUGGGGGUGGAUUACCCCUCUCUCUACAUGUGCAAGUCCAAAAGAGGAAUAAAACGAGAGGAUGGUGGGAAGCAGGACGCAUACAAGUUACCACACCGGUUGAUAGAGAAGAAGAGGAGAGACAGAAUCAACGAAUGUAUCGGGCAGCUGAAGGAUUUGUUACCCGAACAUCUGAAGCUAUCGACGCUCGGACACUUGGAGAAAGCAGUUGUCCUGGAGUUAACGCUGAAACAUUUAAACGCGCUGACUGCUGUCACCGAACAACAGCACCAAAAGAUCAUUGCUUUGCAGAAUGGGGACAGGUCGAUGAAAUCUUCUAUUCAUGCAGAUCUGGAUGCGUUCCACUCCGGGUUCCAGGCCUGUGCCAAAGAGGUCCUGCAGUACCUGAGUCAGUUUGAGAACUGGACGACACGAGAGCAGAGGUGCGCGCAGCUCAUCAACCACCUUCACAAGGUGCUGGCGCAGUUCCAGCCUGGCGCGCCGCCGCUCCAGCACCAGCUACCCGCCGGGGACGCACAGGAUGGGCAGAAAGUCGACAGCCAAGCAAACUGUGUCCCGGUCAUCCAGAGGACCCAAGGCGGGGAGCUUAACGAGAAUGACACAGACACGGACAGUGGAUACGGGGGCGAGGCUGAAAAGAGCGACGGCAAAGAUAAAGAAUGUGAGCGCAAUAAGGCGCAGGGACACAAAGCAGUGAAGAUCAAGCAAGAGUUUGGAGAUGAUCGCGCUGCCAAAAAACCAAAGAUGAACUGGCCUGGGAGCGGGUUAGGGGGCACAGACCCCACCAGACCCGAUCUGGCGUUAAUGAACUCUCUGAUGGGAAUAAGCAGUGUGGGACAGCAGACGCCUAUUUGCAUGCCUUUCUACUUCAUCAACCCCUCGGCCGCGGCGUCCUAUAUGCCUUUUUUCGAUAAAAGCAACGUUGAAAAGUACAUGUACCCGGCGGCGGCGGCGGCUCUAGCCUCCCCUUUCCCCUGGCUAUACCCGGCACACGCGUCAGCGGCGGCGGCCGCGGCGGCUGCAGCCGCGUUCCCCGGAUUGUCUGCGCACUUCGGAGCCUCUUCCCAGUCCAAGGACUCCCACAGUCCAGACAGCGACGAGUCACACGAGGCUGAGGCAGGCUCACCUGAGGAGCGCGAGGAAAGUCCCGCGAGUGACGACGGGGAGGGUGACGUAGCUGAUACGUUCCAGGAGAGCAAGAAUAGCCCACAUGAUCAGUUUUCCGCCUGUCAAACGAGCUAAUUUGUCUGUAUUACCUUUCCGUGCAUUCUUAGGAGUUUAUGUAUGUCAUUUUUUAAUUAGGCGAGUUUUAAAAACGAGGUUUCACAGAAGAGUUUCACAUGUACAAUAUCUUGGCGAAACAGGGGACAGUUGUGACGGCGUGUGCCUUUUGCACUUAUGCUAGAUUAAUCAAUCUAAAUGGUUAUCGACAAUGAUUGACUAAUACACGGCGGUGUUGUGCUGGAGUUAGUUUUUUAUCCUCUUUGAUAAAAUAUUUUGAAAUGGCAGCAUUGGUGCCAAAACUUUGAGUACUACAACAGUGCGCAAUAACCCAAUCAGCGAGUCGCUUUGGAUGUAUGAAGUUGCAACUGACCUCUGCCAUGGUUAUAAAGAGCUUGGCUUGACUGUAAAUAUUAUUACCUGGACAGUCUGAUUCAUGAACAUGUAAAUGUGCACUAAACGGGCCUAUAAAAGAAGUGCUCCUGGAAGUGUAACGCCCUCUGUACCUCAUCCCCGUCUUUGAAUGGGGUAGGCUGAUUGGGAGGCACAUUACUGUCCCACUUGAGAAGAAGUGACUGGUACCCCCCCCCAACACACCUAUCUCCAUCAUGAACAACAAAUACAAAAAAAUCACCUACUUUAACAUUACACUUUGCUAAUAAUGAAAUUACGGGAGAGGCAUUAUGCCUGAUUGCCCUCAACUAAUUUUUGCAGAGUUUACUCUGGUUUCUUGUUACUUGUUUUUCAAUGUGAGGAAAGAAAAAAACAAUCACUGAGAUCAUUCAGAAUAAUAGAGAGAAAAAACCCUUCAUUCAGAAGGGGAUGCUUGACCAGCAUAUUGUACGUUCCCCUGAAUGAAGCAUUUCAGCACAGAAAUGCAGUGACCUCCUGUACCUCCAGGAAACAUUGUAGGAUAGCACCUUAUAGAUCUUUGAUAUUGAAUGUACCUGUAUUUUCCCAGCUGUUAAAGUUUGUAUAGGAUGAUCUUUACUCUUUGAGACGUAAAGUGCACUUUUUUCUGCUUUUACUCCCUCCCCAACAGUCACCUCAUCACUUAAGUCUAUCACUGUAAUUCUCUUUGAACCUUUUUAUUGUGUUGUCUUAAAAACAGACUCCAUUUCAAAAGUGAGAACAGAGACACCACAUGCUUUGUGAUGAUUUCAUGCAGUAAAGUGGUGAUUAAGCAGUUUGCCUGGUUUAACAAAACACAGCUUAUUUCUAGCUCUUUCAGGGCAAAAUGAUUCAAAUCAUAAUCAGAUUUGAAAACCUCACACCAUGCCAGACUAGCCCCGAUUCUGUGUCAUAUGCUAUCAUUAUGUAAAACCUUGCUUUUCAAAUAUUUGACAAAAGUUGGGGAAGAAGCUGUGGUCAUGUGACCAUCAGUUAUCAUCAUUACGAUUUUAGCAACUUUAACUUUAUCUUGGCCUGUUUUCUAAGAGAUUAAUUCCUGCAAGUGUAGUGUUGUUUAGCUUUUUUAAGUUUCACAUGUGACUCAAUAAAGAGACUUUCAUUGUAUUUUGCAUACAUGACAUUGCUUUUGUAGUUUUCUUCAGCUGGUUUUGCCUCAAAUCUGUUAUCAACUGUUAUAUAAAGUGGCAUGUGCAUCUGUAAAUAGUUUUUUUUGUGAAUAUACCAUAAAGUAUACUUGUCUAUGUCAAUGUUGUAGAAGUCUAUGGAUUUUUUUUAAAAGAUUUAACUGAGCAACUGUUGCACAUUUCGUUAAUGCUUUACACAUAUGCUGUUCUAAAUUAUUGCUGAUGAGUUGUAAAAUAAAUAUCAAAACUAAA